AUGGAUGCCGAUUACAAAGUCAAACUUCAGGAAACGUACAAGACCAAGUCGCGUGAUAAGGAGAGUGAAAAAAUCAUUCUCAAGCAAGAUACCGAAAUAUACGAAACGAAAUAUAAGGUUGAAAUUGAGCGACUCGAAGGCGAGAAGGAUGACCUGGGAAGACGCAUCGUAGUGCUGCAAGAAGAACUAGAUGAGAAGGAUCGGGACCGCGAUCGUCUGAACGCCGAAAUUUCAGAACUAAAGCGCAAACUGCAAACGGAAAUUGAAAAGAUCCGAAAUGAAAUGAAAGCUUUACAGGACAAAUAUCGCAUUGAUUUUGAUGAGGAAAGAGACGGCCAUCAGAAGGUCGUUGAUUCGAUGAAUACGGUGAUUGAAGAUUUACGCGUGAAGUUGAGUGAUGCAGAACGCUCAAUGGCUGAUAUGAAGAAUCGGGACACAAUCCUGGAACGUGAAAACAAUGAGUGGAAAGAAAAAAUUAACGCCUUAAAUGCGCAACUGGAUCGUCUGCGUGACGAACUGACUUCCGUACGAAAUGACGCAGACAAGGAAAUCAGUCGUUACAAGGCUGAUUUGCAAGCAGCUCGUAAUGAGAUCAAGACACUGGCUUCAACCAACGACGGACUAAAAUCACAGCUCGCUGCUGCGGAGGAUAAGAUCAAUUCGCUGAACAAAAUAAUAACCGACCAGCAGAACAAGAUUCGUGACACAGCUCGCAAUGAGAUCAAGACACUGGCUUCAACCAACGACGGACUAAAAUCACAGCUCGCUACUGCGGAGGAUAAGAUCAAUUCGCUGAACAAAAUAAUAACCGACCAGCAAAACAAGAUUCGUGACAUGACCGCCGAAAUUCGACGCCUUGAGGGCGAGCUACAGGAUGCUAAAGCGAAGGUAUCAAAUCUGGAAUCAGAAUUGGAUUCAGCGCUGGGACGUGUUCAUUCGGUCGAAGAGCAAUAUACCGCACUUCAGACAGAACUUAACAAAAUGAAAGGCGAUAUUGAUUCGCUGCUUCGCGAAAAUGACACACUCAAGGUCACUAACGAAUCAAAUGAAGCUGAAAUUGACCGCCUGAAGAAGAAGCUUCAACAGACAAGCGAGCUCGCCAAAGAACAUGCCGAUGCGCUUGACAAACUUCGUCCGGAGCGUGAUCGCCUGCAAAAUUUGUAUCGUGAAAAAGUGAAGCAAGUGGAAAAUCUGACGCAGACAGUUCAAAACUUGGAAUCACGACUGAACCAAUUGCGGCGCGAACUCCGUGAGGCCACCGACAAGCUAAUUGUUAGUGACGGAGAACGUAGCGCACUUCGCAAUGAAAUAGACAAACUGGAGCACGAGGUACAAUUCAUGCGUGAGCAGCUUGUCCGGAAAAGCAGUGAAUAUCAAACGGCCCUGGAUGACCUAGUUAGUGCGCACCGAACCGCCGAGGAUGGUCGUGUGAACGCUGUUCAGGAACUGGAAGCGCGCAAAUAUGAGAUCGGUGACUUGCAAGUAAGUCAUGCUUUCCUGAACUAUGUUGUGACGAAAAAAGAAAUAACCUAAAA